AUGCCUCUUCAGGACCAGUAUCUGGAUAUGUCAACAUCGAUCGACGGAAACAAUCGCUUGACAGGCCUUUCGCCCGGAAUGAACCUCCCUCACCUCGAUAGCGUACUCGCCGAUUCUCUGUGGCCCACUGGACGAGAGGAUAGUUGGAGCAUGCAGCCCGUACCCACCUCUCUACAGGGAGCCUUUCACUCUUUAUCAGAAGAAGAUGGCUUUCAAGAACUAGGGAUAUUCGAUACCACACUCAACCACAAAGAACAAACACCCGUUGCUGGCCUGCCACAGCCGUCAUCGCGCACACACCACACUUCCAGCCCCCCUCACGUCUCCAUCGAUGAUCAAGCAGACUACUCAGCGCAGAUGAUUGGCUUCUCGAAUGAGUCUGAUCCUUUCUUCCUACAGCACUUCCCAUAUAAUGACGUUGGGGAACUCAAGUUUUUCCGCGUGGUAUACCGCAAACCCGAUAUAUUGUCAUCAGGCACACCAAAUGAGAGCUCCCAUAGCACGCCGGUGCACCUACUUCAGAGUCACGACCAGACUGCAUCUCUUGCCAUCGAACUCACGGGGAGAUGUCUCUCUCAGAACCACGAUCGAGAGCAUGUCCGGCAAUUAGUAGAUUCCACCAUGGGGGUUGCUCUUGUGCGAUUAUAUUUCAGAUUUGUCUUCGAGUCGCUCCCCGUUUUAUCGCGAUCUUGCAUUCUCCAGAAUGAGUCGGCCUUUGUAGAGACGGCGCCUGUGGGCUUGCUAGCCGCUAUCUACGCGCUGGCUCUUCCUUUCAUCUCGUUCGAUGAACAAUUCUGUCUCAAUAACGCCUAUACAAAGCCAUCAUCAGAAACACUGUGGCAGAUUGCCUAUGCCAACCUCCAGAAGGAACUUCACUUUCCAAAGCUUGCCACCCUGCAACUUUGUAUCCUACUUAUCAACCAUUAUCCCUUCGAUCCCGUGUCCGUUGAUACCCCCUUUGUGUGGUCUAUGGCGUGCUCGAUGCUCGGCAUUGCCCAGACUCUAGGCUUAAACGUUGACCCAUCUACAUGGAAUCUGCCGCGCUGGGAGAUCCGACUGCGCCGGCGUUUAUGGUGGUGUGUGUUUGUUGACCACACUUGGCGCUCAGUCACACACGGUAGAGCGUUGAUGAUAACGGACGAUGAUUGGAAUGUCACACAUCUCGAUUCAUCAGAUUUUGAGAUGGACCUCGAGAGUGACGUGGGACGCUCACCCGAAUAUUUUUUCCAGCUGUGUCGUUUGACAGAAAUUGCCCGGAGAGUCAUCCGACAGUUUUAUUCACUCCGCGCCGUAUCUCAACCUCAAUCUUUAGAACGCCUAAUCGAACAAGCGCGAGAGCCCCGCCAACAGCUCUUAGAAUGGAUGAACGGACUACCACAGUCGCUUCAGAUGCAUAUGGACGGGCAUGCAGAAGACGGUUACGAAGGUGAGGAUGAAGACGACUCCGUCCAAGCUCAAGGCUCUUUGCAUGUUGCGUUCUUCACCGUGCAGAUUUUGGUUCUUCGUACCCUCUUACGCCCCAUUGUGGAGAGGCGCGACCAGCCCGAUUACGCGCAAUCUUCGAUGCCUUCUAUUGAAGCGAUUCUCCAAGCAUGCCGCGGCUUCAUGCAAACUGUCAUCAAGUUCAUGAGACGGCUAGAUGGAAGACACCAAUCCGCGUUCUGGCCAUCUUAUGCCCGCCAUUGUCUGUGUUAUCCAGGGUUGUUUACAUACAUGCUGUGCCUACAAUCUGUGCAGCCACGCAUGGCUGCCCACGACCAGAAACUGCUGGGGACAUGGAGAAGGGCAUUGCAGACACGUGCCCAAACAUGGACACUACUGCGCCUGGCCGCUACGAAGCUUGAUGCCCUCUUUUGGAAGCGAAUCGAUCCCGCUUCCAAACAACAGGAUCUCAAUCAACCCACAAGUGCUAACUGA